ACACGGACUCAGUGCGUCGCGCGGCAGUUCCGUCCGUGUCACAGCGCCGGCUAGUUGCAUCAGUCGCGUGCGCGGCCGCCGGCGGCUUCGGACACUGGCCCGGGCUCGGCCAGGCCCGCGGACCGGAGACAUGGCGCACUUGCGGCUGCUCCUGCUGCUGUCUGGGCCUCAGCUUCUGGUCCUGUGGUGCUGUCCACCCAGCGCAGGUUUUCUGCAAGUGGAGAUGGCAGGGGAGACUCAGACGGUGCUUCUGAAUGACAAUGCCACUAUUAUCUGCAAAGUCCAGGGUUACCACCACCUGGACAUCACAAUUAUGGGUAUCACCUGGUUUUGGAAGCAUCAAGUGUCUGCAACAGAAGUUAAACUGUUUGAGUUUUUUGGAGACCACCAAAUGACAGUCCGACCUGGAGCCUCCGUGUCUCUACGGAGGCUGAAAAGGGGGGAUGCCUCGCUGCAGCUGCCAGGGGUCCAGCUACGGGAAGCAGGAGAGUACCGUUGUGAGGUGGUGAUCACCCCUCACAAAGCAGUGGGAACAGUCCAGCUGGAGGUUGUGGCUUACCCAGUCAGCAGCUUGUUUCCGGAGCAAGCCAUGGUGAAAGAAAAUGAAGAACAACUUAUUUUGUGUAUGGCAAGUGGGUUCUACCCCACAAACAUUACUGUAACGUGGAAAAAGUGGACCCAGAAGGAUCCCCAGUAUGUGGAGUUUUCUGAGGACAUCUUCACUAAUUGUACCACCAAAAAUGAGGAUGGCAUGUUUAAUGUCACUAGUUUCUUGAUGCUAAAGCCCUCUCUGGAAGACAAUAUGACCAUCUACCAGUGUGUGGUAUGGCACAAAUCCUUGCCUACCUCCCAGAGGCUCAACUUCACCUUGACUAUGAUAGGAUCUCAGAAGUCAGCUUGUACUCUGAAGUACUACAUCAAACAAAUACCUUAUUCUCCAUCUUGAAAGCUUAUUCUCGGAACACCCAAAUUGACACAAGAGAGAGUAAACAACUAUAAUGAGGUGCUUUCAUUAUGAUGCAUUCAUGGCUUAUUCUGAUGGGGGAACCACUAGAAGAACAUUGGAAGUUCUUACACAGAAACAGCAGAAACACCAAGGUUUCUCAGUGAAUGCAUCUGUAACUGAAAUUACUUUUCCUGGUGGCUUAGAUAGCUUGCUCAAGAGCAGACUGUUCAAGGUGCCUUCCUUGAUAGCCUCCUGCCAAUCAGCUUAUCCAAGAAAAAGAGAGCAACACUUUCCAAAGAAGACAUACUACAGAUGGCCAAAAGACACAUGAAAA